AUGGACGAAUGUGGAAAAACUUUCAGUUGAAGCUCAAACCUGAUUAUACAUCAGAGAAUUCACACAGGAAAGAAACCAUAUGUAUGUAGUGAAUGUGGGAAAGACUUUAAUCAAAGUUCAAAUCUUAUUAUACAUCAGAGAAUUCAUACAGGAAAGAAACCUUAUAUAUGUCAUGAAUGUGGAAAAGACUUCAAUCAGAGCUCCAACCUGGUUCGACAUAAGAGAAUUCAUAAUGGUGAGAAUCCCUAUGAAUGUAAAGAGUGUGGGAAGGCCUUCAAGGGGAGCUUGAACCUUGUCCUGCAUCAGAGAAUUCACACUGGAGAGAAGCCAUAUGUAUGCAAUGAAUGUGGGAAGGGCUUCAAUCAAAGCUCAGAUCUUAUUAUUCAUCACAGAACUCACACUGGAGAGAAACCCUAUGAAUGUUAUGAAUGUGGACAGACUUUCAGUCAAAGCUCACACCUGGUCACACAUCAAGGAAUUCAUACUGGAGAGAAACCCUUCAAGUGCAGCAACUGUGAAAAGACCUUCAGGCAGUGCUCCCGCCUCACUGAACACCAGAGACUCCACAGUGGGGAGAGACCCCAUGAAUAAAAAUCUUACGAAUGUAAUAAGUGUGGAAAAUCUUUCCGGGGAAGUUCAGAUCUAAUUCGGCAUUGGAUAACUCACACUGGAGAGAAACCCUAUGAAUGCAGUGAAUGUGGGAAAGCCUUUGGCCAGAGGUCGCACCUUAUGACACAUUAGAAAAUUCACACUGGAGAGAAACCCUAUCAGUGCAAUGAGUGUGGGAAAGCCUUCCAGCAAUGUUCGCUCCUCAUCCGGCAUCACAGAAUCCACAGUGGUGAGAAACCUUCUUAUCAGUGCAGUCAGUGUGGUAGAACUUUUCGAGGCAGCUCAGAUCUCACCUGACAUCAGGUAACUCACUCAGGAGAGAAACCCUAUGAAUGUAAGGAAUAUGGGAAAACUUUCAAUCAGAGCUCAGAUCUUAUGAAACAUCACAGAAUUCAUAGUGGAGAAAAACCUUAUGUGUGCAAUGAAUGUAGGAAAUCUUUUAGGGACAGCUCAGAUCUCAUUAAACACCACUGUGUUCACACUGGCGAGAAACCCUAUGAAUGCCCUGAGUGUGAGAAGGCCUUCUGCCAGAACUCACACCUUGUUAGUCACCAGAGAAUUCACACUGGAGAGAAAGCCUUUGAAUGUAGCCACUGUGGGAAGGCCUUCAGCAGGCACACAGCUUUUCUUAAACAUCAGAAACUUCACACUGGAAAGGAGCUUGGGGAACACAAGAGAGUCCUUAAAUAUAACUUACUCUAA